GCCAUGGAUCCCCUCUCCGUGCUCCGGGAGUACGCCGGCCGCGGCGACCUGGACAAGAUAAUCUUCACCGGCGACGACAUCCUCUUCGGCUCCGACUACUCCUUCCCCGCCAACGUCCCCACCGCCUUCGCCUCCAAGCAGUCCGGCCGCCCCUACCCGCUCUCCGCCGCCGUCUUCCUCGCCCAGCACAACGACCUCAAGCACACCGACUUCCUCCAGGCCGCCCGCCUCCGCCGCAUCCCGCCCGUCUCCCUCCCGGACCGCAAGACCUUCCUCGACUUCCUCCAGUUCGGCCACAACACCCUCCCCACCGAGCCCCUCCUCCCGUCCUCCCUCCCGUCCUUCACCCAGGAGGCCCACCCGCCGCCGCCGCCAGAGGAGCCCGACGACGACGAGGCCUCCACCGCCCACGUCCGCGCCAUCGAGCGCCCCCUCAAGGACCGCAACUCCAUCCUCGACGCCCGCGGCCGCGACUUCCUCGCCAUCUACCACGCCGUGCUGCGCCGCGAGGAGGAGCGCGUGCGCAACAAGGACAGCGCGCCGUCCGCGGGCCGGACCGAGCCCUCCGCGGCCGCGGCCGCCCUCGCGAACCCCAAGGCCGACAAGUCCCUCGGCGACGGGUUCGUGCCCAUCAUACUGGUGCCCAGCGCGUCGCAGACGCUGAUUACGAUCUACAACGUCAGGGACUUCCUCGAGGACUUCGUCUUCGUGCCCAGCGACGAGAAGGUGCGCGCGCUCAAGGGGAGCCCGAAGCCUGAGUGCGUGACGGUGCAGAAGAAGCAUGUCCGCGGGGAGAGGGCCGGCGGAGCUGGGGGUCCGGUGGCGUUCGAGGUGAGGGACAAGCCGGCUUCGCUCAAGACCGACGAUUGGGCGCGAGUGGUGGCCGUGUUUGUCCUAGGGAAGGAGUGGCAGUUCAAGGACUGGCCCUUCAAGGAUCAUGUAGACAUCUUCAACAAGGUUAUUGGUUUCUUCGUACGCUUUGAAGAUGAUAGUGUGGAUUCAGCGAAAGUGGUCAAACAGUGGAAUGUGAAAAUCAUAUCUAUAAGCAAAAAUAAGAGGCAUCAAGACAGACCAGCUGCUCUUGAGGUAUGGGAGCGGCUGGAGGAAUUUGUGCGGCGCACACUUAAGUGAACCGUUGUGUGUACUCUAACUGCAUGAUCUUACGCUGCUAUAGACCUAAAUAUCAUGUUGAGUGAUGGAGAGGGACUUAUGGCUGAGUUAUCAAACAAGCAGAACAGCCGCCCCAAGAUCCCAGCCUCAUAUUACAUGGUGAUGGUUGAUGCGGAAUGAGAUGACCCAUGAGGAUUUGUAGCUGACGUGCAUUUCGGUGACUAAGCUCUGUUGUAGCCUAUUCAAUCUAACAUUUCAACUGCAGACUGAUGAUGUGGUGGUAUGCAACUUAAUGUGUAGCAUUGUCGCAGAUAAUGUUGUCAUGCACUUGGCUUUUCUUUCAAAUUACUUGUGUGGAAAUUGGAAAAUGCUGGCACCUAAGGGUUAUCCAUCAAAGAAACUGUAUUUGAUUCAAUUGCUGUAUCCAACUUGGGCCAUCAGGAUUUUAACUCCAGAGCAUUUGCUUUGCUUCAA